AUGCAGGCAGAGAAAACCUGGACCAGGCUUGUAGAAAGAGAGAGGGCAGAGAUUAAGGGGAGGAAGCUGGAGUUGCAGUUGGGCUACUCUACCGCCACAACCUGCGGUUCCAUUGCUAUGUCCUUGCCGGGGAGCAGACGACCCUCCACGGGAUCUCGAAGGCGUCCCUCCCCGCCCGUCAGCAUGCGGGAAACCUAUGGCACCUCAUCGCUCAGCAGCAGCAGCAACUCCGGCUCCUGCAAGGGCAGCGACAGCAGCCCCACCCCAAGGCGCCCCGUCAAGUACCUGCUGUGCAGCGAUAACCAUGGGAUCAAGCCCCCAACCCCUGAGCAGUACCUGACCCCUCUCCAGCAGAAGGAGGUCUGCAUACGACACCUGAGGGCCAGGCUGAAAGAUACCCACGAGAGAUUGCAAGACAGGGAUGGAGAGAUUGAAGACCUGAAGACCCAGCUCUCAAGGAUGCAGGAAGACUGGAUCGAGGAGGAAUGCCACCGGGUGGAGGCCCAGCUAGCUCUAAAGGAAGCCCGUAAGGAGAUCAAGCAGCUGAAGCAGGUCAUCGACACGGUCAAGAACAACCUGAUGGAGAAAGACAAAGGGCUGCAGAAGUACUUUGUGGACAUCAACAUUCAGAACAAGAAGCUGGAGACGCUGUUGCACAGCAUGGAAGUUGCGCAGGACGGGACGGUCAAAGAGGAGGGGGCCGCCGAAUCCGCGGGGGGCUCCCCGGCACGCUCGCUCACCCGCAGCUCCACCUACACCAAGCUGAGUGACCAAGGGGCAGCGGACAGGAACGUGGGCGGCUCCCAGACCAUCUCGGUGGAGGAAGCGGCAGACAGCGGCUUCGUGGCGGCGGAAGACUCCUUGAGCCGGACGGACUUGCUGGAUCAGAGCAGCCUGCUGUCCUCAGGGGUGGAGUGCGGCACGGACGAAGGCUCCGUGCAGACCUCCAGCAGCCUGGGCUCCCAGGUCCCGACCAGCUCCACAUAUGAGAAACUGAUGGGGUCUCAGCACAGCGUAGAGGCCGCCGUGCAGGCGAGCUGCAUGCAGGAACAAGCCAUACAGACGGACUAUGUACACUAUGAGCCAGAUCUCGACACUAUCUUGGAGAAGGUCAUGAAAUCCCAAGCUUGCAGCCUGAGCAGCCCCACAUCGGUGUGGGUGUCCGAAAUGGAGGAUGUUGUUGAGCCAAAUAACUCGGGGACCCAUGCCCAAAACCUCCCUGGGAUCGCGGACUUGACGGCCACUGACCCCAGCGUCGCUGCGGUGAUCAUUGGAGGGGAGCAGGCUGAGAAUCCCGACGGGCCACCGGGGUCCCCAAGCCUGGUCGCCAACAAUCCGGCGGUGGUCCAACCUUCUAGUGCAAGCCAGUCAGUGAGCAUCGUAUGCGCCCCAGAAGAAGACGAGGACGCGGAGCCCAGCCAAGAAGUUGCUGGAGCAGCAGCGUCCGCCCUUGAGCCCAAAACUUACUGGAGCCGCCACUUCAUCGUGGACCUCUUGGCCGUGGUUGUGCCAGCAGUGCCUACAGUCGCCUGGUUGUGCCGCUCUCAGCGGAGACAGGGACAGCCCAUCUACAACAUUAGCGCGCUGCUGCGGGGCUGCUGCACGGUGGCCUUGCACUCCAUCCGGAAGAUCAGCUGCCGUUCCGUAGCCAGCACAAGCAGCACCUGCUCCCAGCCAUAA